AUGGUCAAGGACGUCUGCCCGCCUCAGGCAGAGCCAGCACAAUCUCUCCUCACACUUCGUGCCUCGCAGCUAGAUCUGCAACGCGGCAAUCCUCAAGGCCUGGGCCGAGGCGGUCACGGCCUCGGCCACCAGUCGAGUAGCACCCAUGAAUUCCUGCAGCCGCCGUCGACGGGCGCACAAGGCGCGGCCGGGACGCACCAGCAGCAGCUCAACAACCGCCGUACGUCCAGUGUGCUCCGCCGGCCGCCUGUCCUUACCAUCGGCUCCAUUCUCAACAAGACCUACUACCGCGUCGACAGCCACCAGCCCGAGAGUCUGGACUGGUUCAACGUGCUCAUUGCCCAGACCAUUGCGCAGUUCCGCAACGACGCCCAGCACAACGAUGCCAUUCUCACAUCGCUCACAAAGGCGCUGAACGGCACGUCACGGCCCGACUUUCUCGACGAGAUUCGCGUCACCGAGCUGAGCCUGGGCGAGGACUUUCCCAUCUUUAGCAACUGUCGCAUCAUCCCUGUCGACGAGGACGGGUAUGCCACAAACGCCGGUGGCGGUGGCGGCGGCGGUGGAGCUGCUGGCCUUGCGGGCGCCACGCGGCUGCAGGCACGCAUGGACGUCGACUUGAGCGACAUGAUCACCCUGGCCGUCGAGACCAAGCUGCUGCUCAACUACCCACGGCGCCUGUCCGCCGUGCUCCCCGUCGCGCUGGCCGUGUCGGUUGUGCGCUUCAGCGGCACGCUCUCUGUCUCAUUCGUGCCGAGCAACCCGUCGCAGGCCACACCCACCAAGAUGAUCUUUGCCUUCCUCGACGACUACCGCCUCGACUUUUCGAUCCGCAGCUUGCUGGGCAGCCGGUCCCGGCUGCAGGACGUACCCAAGAUUGCCCAGCUCAUCGAGUCGCGGCUGCAUCGCUGGUUCGACGAGCGUGCCGUCGAGCCGCGCUUCCAGGAAAUUGAGUUGCCAAGCCUGUGGCCGCGCAUGAGGAAUGCGCGCGGCGGCGGUGCCGGCCCGCCGAGCGAAGAUGUGUCCAUGUCCGACGGGGGUGCACAGGCAGGCGGCAGCGGGGCUGCUUCAGGUGGUGCUGGCGGUGCCGGCGGUGCUGGCGCAGCUCGCACGGGCUCGAACGCGAUGCCGACGAGCGGCAAUGCUGCAGGUCCGGCCAGUGCCGCCGGCCCUACAGGGGCGGGUGUUGGUGGUAAUGGACCGGGACCGGCAAACGGCGGCCUGGAUGUGCUGCGACAAAACCGACCAGAGUCGAGGGACUCGCGCGAUUCAGUCGCAACGCGCGACACCCGAGACCCGCGGCGCGAGGCCGAGACCGAAAGCUGGGUCGAGCGGCAAGUGCCGCCUUCCUUGCACCAGCACCAGUCGUCGCUGUCGUCUAUUUCAACAGCGCAAGGCCAGUCGCAUACAUCUGGCUACGUCUCACAUCACCAGCAACACACAUUGCGGCCGUCACAAGACUCGCUGCGGUUCCGGCGGCGGUCACGGCACGACGAUGGCUUUUCCAUGCCUGGAUCGCUUCCCGACAUGGGCAUAAAUCCGCACGGUUGA